AUGAGUUUUGGUUUCAGCAUCGGGGACUUUAUCGGCGCUCUUGAGCUUUCAAACACCGUGCGGAAGCGCUUGGUUCAUGGUCCUACACAGUUCAAAACAAUACUAGAUGACGUCAAGAGUUUAUCAACUAUCCUGAGAGAUAUUGAUGAUGGUGAACCUGAUGCAUUCCUUAACGAUCAAGAAAAGCAAAGAUUGAAUUCAAUAUCACAGCAAUGUAAGGAGGUGCUGAAGGACCUCCAGCAAGAACUCGACAAGUAUCAGGAGCUGGGACGCGUUGCUAAUGGAGUCCGAGAAGUCAGCCGCAAGCUCUGGAAGAGCAUGAAAUGGGACGAAACAAAGGCCAAUGAGUUCCGUCAACGGAUCACUCAGAAGACUUCUGCUUUUAAUUUAUUCUUGGCUGCAACAACCAGUCAUGUGGCGAAUGAAACGAAAGACUUGGUGAUAACCACCAAAGCUGAUAUCGGUCUGGUGAGAGCUACACAGAUAUCCUCCACCAUUCGCGACUGGCUGAAAGCCCCCGAUUCUACGCUUGACUACAAUGAAACUUUCAAGAAAAAAAAGAACUAUGAGAACACCGGACUUUGGCUCAUGCAGGAUCCUGAAUUUAUCGCCUGGGUCUCGGAAAGAAACUCUUUCCUCUGGCUAUACGGUUUUGCCGGAAGUGGCAAGUCGUUGCUAUGCUCCACAGCCAUACAACACCUGUCCCAGCGCCACGAAUCUCAUUCGCAAAUUGGUAUCGCAUUCUUUUUCUUCGCUUUCAGUAAUCCACUCAAACAGAAUGCCUCUGCUAUGCUACGUACCUUGAUUCUGCAACUCUCCAGACAACUUGGCGAUGAAAGCGAGCUGUCCGAGCUGUAUGAUAGCUACAUAGAUGCAACGCCGCCCAUCGAGAAGCUGCAAGACUGUCUACGUCGGCUCGUGCAAUCUUUCCGCGAUGUUUACAUUCUCUUGGAUGCUCUAGACGAGAUCCCCUACGGACACGCUCGUAUGGAGAUGCUCGAUAAUUUGAAUGAAAUAUCGAGAUGGUCAGAGCCCAGCCUUCAUAUGCUUGUUACAAGCCGGGACGAGGCCGAUAUUCGCGAUGAAAUGAACUCAGCGGCUGUGAGGAUGAUUUCAAUGAAGAACCAAUCUGUUGCUCGAGAUAUUGCCGCAUAUAUCUCUUCUUAUCUGAGAACUCAUCGCAGACUCAGGAAGUGGGAGAAAUCUUUCGACAAGAUAGAGACUGCACUUGCGAGACGGGCAGAUGGAGUAUUCCGGUAUGCAGAGUGCCAGCUCAUGCUAUUAGAAACAUGCCCCCAAAAUGAAGACCGCCUGAACCAAGUGCUAGACUCUCUUCCGCGAUCUCUGGACGAGACAUAUGAUCGAAUGCUGGAAAAAAUUGGCCAGGAUGACUCUGGAUACGCCCGACAAAUUUUAAACAUGCUUAGUGUUUCUCUCCGACCUCUUACAAUAGCAGAGGUCAAUGAUGGAAUGGCUGUUGAGCUGUGUGAGAAUCCCAGGUUCAACGCAAAGCGGAAGUGUACAAAUGCAGAAGAGAUCCGGCUUAUUCUACCCGGGUUGAUUGAGAUCAGUAUUGACGUGGACUUUCAGAAAUCUAUAGUACGACUUGGCCAUUUCUCGGUACAGGAGUACUUGGAAUCGGGUCGCAUGCCUCCAAGUUUGGCAGCAACAUACGCCGUUAACAGAGCUGAUGCCCACGCUCAGCUCAGCUGCAUUUGUUUGACUUACCUGCUUGAAUGCCCAGCUCCUUGGGGCGAGGAUAAGAAUGAGGGGACCUCGCUGACAAGAUACGCAACACGAUAUUGGCACUUUCAUUUCGCCAAGGCUGACCGCACUCGGUAUUCAUUGGAAGCCCAAGUACUCAAUCUUUUUCAUGACGACGACAAGUUUCAGGACUGGGCAUUUUUCUCGAAUUUGGAUGGAUCUGGAGUAAAAGUAUUCGAUUUAAAGAUGCCAUCACCGCUUUACGUUGCCUCAUUACUUGGGUUUUCAUUUGUGGUAGCCGCUUUUCUUGAAGGUCCAUUCCAUGUGAAUGCCAAGGGUGGAAGAUAUGGGACGGCGCUUCAAGCAGCGUCGGCAGCAGGCCAUGAGAAAAUUGUUCGAAUGCUGCUAGAUCAGGGUGCGGAAAUCACCAGCCGAUUUGAGCAUUAUAAAGAUCCGCUCCUAGCUGCCUCGAGGAAUGGCCACACGAGUGUUGUACGACUUCUCCUGGGACAUACUACCUAUGUCAAGAUCCAAGCGAAAGCAUGUGGGACGGCGCUCAUCACCUCUUCAUUGAAUGGUCACAAGGAGAUUGUCCGGUUUCUCCUUGAUGAGAAGAAUGAUUACUGUACCCAAUAUUUAUCCGUGGCGCUACGUGAAGCAUCGACUGUGGGUCACCAAGAAAUUGUCCACAUGCUUCUCGACACAAAUGUGGACGUUAAUAGCCAGAGUGGAUUUUACGGAACUGCCUCUCUGGCAGCCUCUUCACUCAUGCACCGGGAAAUUGCGGACCAAUUCUUCAAAAACGCUCCGAUCCUCAGAUCCGAGAGCAAACAUUACGGAACUGCCCUCCAGGCAGCCUCAGCACAGGGCCACCGAAAGAUUGUUCAGUUACUCAUUGACAGAAACGUCGAUAUCAAUAGCCAGAGCGGAUGUUUCGGGACCGCCCUCCAGGCAGUCUCAGCACAAGGUCACCGUGAAAUCGUCCAGAUGCUCCUGGAAAGAAAUGCCGACGUCAAUAGCCAGAGCGGAUACUAUGGGUCUGCCCUUCAAGUAGCCUCGAUGAAUGGUCAUCGAGAUAUCGUCCAAAUGCUUCUCGACAGAGAUGUCAACAUCAAUAGCCAUAGUGGGCAUUAUGGAACUGCCCUCCAAGCAGCGUCGGCAGAAGGUCACCGAGAAAUUGUCCAAAUGCUCCUCGACAGAGGUGCAGACAUCAAUAGCCAGGGCGGGUUUUACGAGACUGCCCUUCAAGCAGCUGCAGCGCAGAAUCAUCAAGAGAUUGUCCACCUGCUCCUAAGACAGCCAAAACUUGGCCAUCGAGAGAUCAUUCGAUUGCCAUCUUUCAAGCUACUAUUAGCGAUCUAG